CUCUCUCUCGUUAUACCCCGACCACAAGAGGCAAGGUUGUACAGUAGAAAAGAUCCGGGUACUGACGUCAACUAGGGCGACUUUUUCAGGCGACACCGGAAAAGUUUUUCAAAGCUGCUCUUUUGAAACUCGAGUAGAAAACUUAACGAAAAAAAACUAUACAGUUGCGAACGCAUAUUCUUCACGGGCAGUAGAAAGUCUAAUUAAUUCAAACUUUAAACAUGAAACUCCUCUCCGUUGCUCUGACCCUCGCCAUCAUCCUCGGUAUGUGUGAGUCCACGGAGGCAUCCAAGGCGCUGAAGGACCUACUUGAGCAGCAGCAUCUCAUCUACGGCCGCAGCAAGAUCACACCCAGCAUGAACAGUUUACUCUUCGGCAAGAGGUCACAGGCUGAGAACUUUCGAGACAUGAAACGCCAGUUGAACACCUACCUGGAGAACAUGGAUGCGCUGAUCAAUGACGAUGAGUCACAGGUGUGACGCACGAUGUACGAGUCACAGAAAUAAACUGUUAUAUAAUUAUUA